UAAGCCUUUAUUCCCAGCACUUAAAAAGUUUAGCUACAUUACUAUAGCUCCAUUUUGACUAAUUACUUACGUAGUAAGACUUUUUAAAAAUGAUUGCAAACAACUAUAUUUUUUGGUCACUAUAUUUCAUACAAACAGUCAACUUCAUGAUGAUUGAAUCCACACACAAAGUUUCGCCUUCAUAUUACGUCAAUAAAACAUUCUCUCAUUCAUACGUUAGUACUGUUAAUAGUUUGAUAACAUAUAAUGAGCGAGAAAUCAAAUUUAGUGAUAAAGAAUGUACAAUUCUGACAACUCCUAUUCAGACUUAUAAAGACACCAAAGACCGCGAUAAGGUUUUUGAAAAAUUUUAUAAGAAAAUCGAAGAUAUUAAAUGUACGUGCUCUGUAAUCGUGAAAACAAAACUAGCAUAUUUAUCGAAUAUUCUGGAAGGCUUGCGUAGUGGCGGAGCUAUAGAAGUUGCACGAGCAAAACUUAACGUAUUAAAAGAAGAAGCUGGUUUAAUGGUUCUGUUGUUUCAAAAGGGCAGUGUCAAAGCGGGUAAAUGGUUUUGGAGCUAUUAUUUUAAAAUCAUGGCAAUAAUUGAAUACGAAAGCAACAAACAUUUCUUUGGGGAAACACCUUUCGGAGAAGAGGAAUUACAAAGUGAAAUCACAAAUUUCAUAAAUGAUUGCAAAAAUAACAAAUACCUUACCAGAAAUAGAACAGAAUCUGAACUGGUGUCGAAAAAUCCCAAUGUACCAAAUAACAUAUUUCAAGAACUUCGCGUGUCUGUAAUUAUUGUUAUGGAUUAUGUUAACGAAAUGCAAUACAUACCGAUUAAUUAUUUGUAUCUAAAACCAUUAUGGGAUGAAAACGAAUUAUUGUUCAGUCAAAUAACAGGCUCAGCCAUAGAUUGGAGGCCAACGAUAAGACGACACGCAGUCGAAGUGAAUAAAACCAAGGAAUACAUCAAAAACCGCCAAUGGAUAUCGAAACCGUUCGGACAUCUUAGUUACCACAAGUUGAUUAAACAUAUUAUCAGUGUGAGGAUUUACACCUUUCUGUGGGUAUUGUUGGAAAUAUUCAACAAAGAAAUGCCUCAAAUGGGUCUGUUUCAUCUAAAUCUAAUGUAUGUGGAGACAAUUCGGGCAAUUGAUAAGGUACAAAAUUGUAUGCACUAUACCGAAUUUUUGUUUUAUGAUUUAGUUUCAGCGUUUAAAGGUACAAUGCACGAACGCCCAUUAAAUUUUGAUAGCAUUAUAACUAGAAUAUCGACGAGAGUUAAAGAUAUUCUCGUUGAUUUGAACGGGAGAAAUUCAAAUGGCAGUACUUGGAUCAGUAUUAAUAUAAACGAAGGGUUUGCCUUUACUGAGAUAUUGGAAUUUCUUCAAGAAUUUAAAAAUAAUUUUAAUUUGUUAAAAGAAAAGUUAUUGAUUUUAAACUAUGAUCUCGCAUUAAGUAUUCUGAUUGAAGGAAAUUGAUGCUGUUGGGAAUAAUGACCAAAUGAUUAACCUACCUUUAGUUUUUUUUUUUACUUUAUUACAUACUAUUGAUACCAGUUGGUUAGUCAAAUCUUAUUUGGUCAUACAUUUUCAUUUCUAUUAAAUCAUCUUUUAUUGUUUUUAUUACUUUCUUUUUAAUGUGUCCGAGUACUGAUGAUUUUUUAAAAUUGUAUCUAAAUCACAAAAAUCAUAUUAUCUAAUUUGCAUGAUGAUUAUUUUAAUAUAGUAGUAUUUUAUUAAGUAAUUUUUUAAGUGUAAGAAAUUGAUGUAGUAAAGGAAAAUAUCCAAAUUAUGUAUCGAACUUUGCACAUAUUAUUUCACUGUACACAUUUUGUUGUCAUUUUUUCCAAAUUUGAUUUAAAAUACAAAUCUUAUUAUUUAUUUA